UCCUACGUCUACAGUCCUGCGAGCAGUUUAGGUGGAGUCAAGUUUGCCCACUGGGCUGUGAGUGCAGGUACGAUAACGGUCCUGUUAUGUAUCAACUUGGCAACGCUACGUGGGCUUAGACAAGUCUAGCUUUGCUGAAGUGCCUGGCUGGAAAAUCCGAUGAUGGAAGCUUUAAUCCGUAGCAGAUAAGGGUUUUAACUUGUAUAUAUUUUUCACACUUACCUCAUCAAUGAAGUGAAGGCGGAAGCAUCAGACAUCCUGUGUUCGUGUCUCCAGUCUAGCAUUUCACUUCAGCUCAGACAUUUGGACUUUGUCACCACAACCAUCCGAACAGAGGGUGUACGGUCGCUGCUCUGUCGGAGCCCUACCUGUCGGUGGCAUGGAUUCGGUACCUGUUUACCACGGCCAUAUCAGCAAAGAGAUGGGUGAAAAGCUACUGGCAGGGGCCGGAAAGGAUGGCAGCUAUCUGCUUCGAGACAGCGAAACUUUAUCAGGGGUGUAUUGUCUAUGCGUACUGAAUAAAGGCUUCGUUUACACAUACAGAGUAUACCAGACUGAAACAGGGUCUUGGACAGCUGAGACUGCUCCAGGUGUUCAUAGAAGAUUGUUUCGUAAAGUAAAAAACUUAAUUGCUGCUUAUGAGAAGCCUGAUCAAGGCAUUGCUGUACCCCUUUUGUAUCCCGUUUAUAGACCAAAAUCUCUAGAUCCAGAAGGCAAAAUCUCUGAUGAGGAGUAUCGUUUUAUGAAUGCUUCAUGAACUAUAGCUGGAAUACCGUAGAAAAAAAUGAACUGACAAUCAGUCUUAAUUUACCAGAAAAGAUUUAUGUAACCUGAACAUUUAAUGUGGUUGCCUGGCAACAGUUUUUUUUUUCUAUUGAAUCAAAGAACACAGUAUCAAAAUGUGACUGCGUCCUACAUGGGGUUCAUUGCUUUGUAAAUAAAUGUCUGGCAGUUAAUGAAGAGGAUUAAGCUUAUGAGCUAGUAAAGAGCUGCUUCCUGUAGUCCAUGAAUCCCUCAACUUCCUUUUGCGCACUGUGCGACUCUGAGUAAGCCACCUAACUGGACAGCACUCCUAGAUCAUCUCUGAUAAGGGAGCUUAUGUCCAGUUGGCUUAUCUGGUUGACAUUUAAAAAUAGUUCUAAAGUAAUAAAAAAAAAAUGCAAAUAAUGUUUUGGAGCUUUUUAAAAUGCUGUAGUACUUUUUUAUACAUUUAAACUAUUAUAUUUGCUGUA